AUGUCAUUUACAACAGACUUCAUUUCUGCAUUGGAUUUAGCCAUUCGUUACCUUAAUAUUUCUGCUGAAUCAUUUGUUUUUAUUUUUGGUAUAAUUGGUAAUAUUCUCAACAUCAUUGUUUUCAUAAGUUUGAAAACAUUUCGUACAAAUCCAUGUGCUUUUUGUCUGCUCAUAUUAUCAAUAUCUGAUAGUGGCAUGUUAUUAUUUAAUACAUUGCCAAAUAUUUUUGUGAACAUCUUCAAAGUUUACGGCGACGUGAAUAGCAUGUUUCCAUGCAAAAUAUCAAUAGCUUUUGGACAAGUAUUCGGUUUAAUGUCACACAUGAUUAUGUGUGUGGCUGUUAUCGAUCAAUGUAUGUCAACAUCAAUGUAUGAACGACGUCAAGGUAUCAAUCUCAAAUUGAUGCGAUGCUUAAUUGUUAUUUUUAUAUUUGUUUCUAUUUUACACGGCAUUCCAUUUCUUGUUUUUUAUGAUUUCCAACCAUUACCCGGAAUAAAUGCGACGGCAUGUGUUCCCAAAAAUAAAGAUGGACCGUUUGCUAAGUAUGCCAUAUAUAUUAGUUUUCCUAUCAUUCAAGGUUUUAUACCUAUUUCCAUCAUGAGUGUAUUUGGUCUGAUGGCUUUUCGUAAUGUUCGUACUAUGUCCAAAAGAAAAGUAUCUAUUAUACGGCUACGUUUGGAACAACAAUUAACAGCAAUGGUGUUAAUAAGAAUUCUUAGCGUUUGCAUCACUGUAAUUCCAUUUCUUAUUGUAUACGUUAUUCGAUAUAUAAUAUCAUCGCGUAUCAAUAAUCCUAUUGUUCAAAAACAAUAUCAAUUAGUUAAUCGUGUCUUUACGAUUCUGUUCUUUGUAAAUUAUGCAGUUGGUUUUUAUAUUUUUCUUUCAAUUUCUGCACGAUUUCGUCGACAAUUGAAAUUUAUUCUAUUCGAUGUAUAUUUGAAAAAGUGGCGUGCAAAAAGAAAUGCUAAUCGAAUUCAACCUACUGAAAGAAGUUUUGUGUUUCCAAUUAGUAAUAAUUGGGAACAUUAUUAA